AUGGAUACAUCAAACCUCAAAAUCUGCGAACUUAACCACGGCAAGGAGAAACAUGGCGGACGACGAGCAGCUUUCAAAGUGUUUGAUAUAUUGUCCAACAACACCGUUGACGUGCGGGAGAUGGACACCAUCAUCUAUUCUCUGGGCUGCUUCCCGUGUCAGUCAGACGUGCACAAAUUCAUAAAUGAGAUCGACGACAACCACAGCGGAUAUGUUCACCUGGAGACCUUUCUCCCUGCAAUGACCAAAGUUCUUGUGGAAAACAAGUUCCCUCCCAUCUCUGAGGAGGAUCUACUUCAAGCCUUUCAGGUCCUGGAUGAGGAGAAGAAGGGUUAUCUGGAGUCAGAGGAGCUGAAGAAGUGGAUCACUAUGGAAGGAGAGCCUUUCACUCAGGACGAGGUGGACGAGAUGUUGACGGCCUUCUGUGACCAUGACAAGAGCCUGAUAUAUUACGAGGACAUUGUCAACCAGCUGACAUCAGCAAAGGACAACUAGGCUCCUUUUUUGGUGCUUGUUUAAUUGCACUUUGAUAAAAAAUU